AUGGCAGAAGCCAAAGAACUGAUCAUUAAAUUAGAAGACAUUUUUAUUCGUAUCUCUAAGAUCCGCGAUAAUAUUAAGAAGUGUCCUAAGGCGAGGCUAACGAGGGGUUAUUUAGAAACGAAGUUGCAGAGUCUCGAAGAGUAUUCCUAUAAAACCGUUAAUGGGAGUUUAUCGAAAAUUGUGUCACGCGACGAUCGAAAACAAUUCGAGUAUUUUAGCCAAGAUGUUUAUGGGAGUUGUGAGGACAAAUACGCUGACACGAAGGCUAACAUUUUAGAUUUAAUGGGACCCGUACUGUCACAGUCACCAGUAACGAAGGAAAGUGUAUCACCCCAAGUUAAAUUGUCUAGAAUUCAACUACCUACGUUCUCAGGUAGUUAUGAAGAUUGGCCAGCGUUUAAAAAUUUAUUUAAGUCGCUCGUUCAUGAAAACACGUCACUCAGCGAAGUUCAGAAGUUGCACUAUCUCAAGCUAAGUGUUAUUAAUGAAGCGAGUAUAUUACUCAAACAUAUCCAAGUCAUAGAAGCUAAUUACGACAAAGCAUGGCAGAUGCUUAUUCAUAGAUAUGAUAAUAAAAGACUUAUUGUAUCCUCCAUGUUAACCCCAGUAGUAAUUGUCAAAAAUCAAGAAGGACAUUCCACCGUGCUUAAAGCUUUGAUUGAUCCGGGAUCACAAGGUUGUUUAAUUACGGAAAAAGCGGUACAGCUACUGAAGUGUAGGAGAUAUCCAAUAAAAGGAACAAUAUUUGGAGUGGGGUCUACAUCAUCAAGGGUUAAGCACGUUGUUCAAGUCGAGGUACUAUCCAAAUAUGAAACUGAAAGUAAUCUCAAGAUAAAAGCAUAUGUAAUAUCCAAGCCCUUGACAGGGCAGAUACCCACCCACAUAAUAUCAUCCCUCAGUUGGCCGCAUCUAGAAGAACUCAGCCUGGCCGAUUCAGAGUACCAUAGGCCAGGCUCUAUUGACUUGCUUCUUGGAGUCGAUGAAUAUGCCAAGAUCCUUCAAAAUGACGUCAUCAAAGGUCCGCCUGGUUCUCCGUGUGCCCAAAAGACUUCACUAGGCUGGAUUUUAUUUGGUAAAGUUUACAGUGACACAACUCCAGAGCGGUCAAUUAUAGUGAUGCAUCAGACUAUUGCGAUAAAUGACAUGCUUAAAGUUUUGUGGGAACAAGACAUAGAUAAUAAAAGAAAAUUUACAGAAGAAGAAGAAACCUGUGAAAAGAUAUAUAAAGACACACACAUAAGAAACGAUCAUGGAAGAUAUGUAGUGAACUUACCACUUAAAGUUGAUCCUCCACGAGCUGCAGAAGGAGACACCAGAAGUAUAGCUCUGAAAAGGUUGCUGCAAUUGAAACAAAAAUUAGAUAAAAACAAAGGUCUAAAAGAGUCUUACAAUCAUGUAAUUAAUGAAUAUAUGGAGCUAGGACACAUAGAAGAAGUACCAGAUAAGGAUGAAGGCAAACUUUACCCUAUGGCAUCAAAAAUACUAAAGGAAGAUCUGUAUGUAGAUGACAUCAUGUCUGGAUUUGACUCGGUUGAAGAAGCUAUUGAAGCUGGCAAGCAAUUACAAGACAUUCUACAAAAGGGCUGGAUGAAUUUACAAAAAUGGUCAUCUAACAAUUUGGAAUUCUUAAAAUCUAUCAAUCCUUAA